AUGCAGUCCAUAUUUGCUCAAACAGCUUACUCUUCAGAUGAAUUUUGGCUUCCUUAUAAUCAGGUUUGUUUAUCGGUUUUAUGUGAAGGCAGCCUAAUUGAGAUCACAGAAGAGGGUCCUAAGCAGAGUUACUAUAUUCUCAAUGAAAAUUCUCUCCUAAAGCUAAAUAAAAACUCAGUCCUUGUUGAAGAGAUGGCAGUGGUAAAAUGGAAGAAAAUUUCGAGAUUCGUUGAAUGCAUUGAAAGUUACUGCUUUGGAUUUAAAUUGGUGGGCAAAUCAACUCACAGGACCUUUUAUGUAGAAAAUCAAUAUGAACUUGAUAAGUGAGUUUUAAAUCUCUCUUUUGUAGGAAUUAUGGAAAAUAUCAGUGCGGAUUAUUUUUUUGUCGAGGAACUAGGCAAAGGGUCUUUUUCUAGAGUGUUUUUAGCUGUUGAGAACACCUCACAGAAAAAGUUUGCUAUAAAAUGUAUACAAAAAAAAGACUUAUUAAGAAGGAAAAAUGGUUUAAGUCACAUAAUAAAUGAGAUCGAAAUUGUUCGAAAGCUUGAUCAUCCAAAUAUCAUCAAACUCCAUAAAGUUUAUGAAGACAUUGAUUACGUUUACUUAUAGCACUUUCUCUUGAAUAGCCCGAUAACGGCCCUCUUCUUCAUCCCGUUAUCAGGCUAUUCAAGGGAAAGAGCUAUAGUUUUAGACUAUAUUGAAGGCAAAGAUCUUCAUAAACGGUUACAGACAAAAAACUAUUCUGAAGAGGCAGCAUUUUUUUUUGUGCAAAAGCUAUUAAAAACUGUUGAUUAUUUGAGCUCACAUAAUAUAAUUCACAGAGACAUAAAGCCAGAAAAUUUGAUUCUUGAAAGCAUGGAUAAUGAUAUUGAAUUUAAAUUAGCCGAUUUCGGCUUAGCAAUAGAAGGAAGUAAAAACAUUGAAGGGAAGUGUGGAUCGCUUGGGUUUGUAGCACCCGAAAUACUCUUAUCUUAAUCUUAAUUACGGCGGUAGAAUCCGCUUUGUUAACUCGGUUACCAAGGAUCCCUCCAGGGGAUUCAUCCGCUUUGCGGGGACGUCUACUUCCGAUCGCCGGAAAGGCGGGUUGCCUGGCCGUCCUCCUCCUCCUCCUUGCCACUUCUAGGCGGCUCCACUGUUGAGUGGGCAGACUAUGGGUUCCCGGGGCCUUGCUUCAGGCUCCGUCUACAAGGUUGCCUAUUCCGAAAAUUCGAGGCGCGAAUUUUCUGGUAAGGCUCUCGGCUAAGAUGGAAAUCCAAGGCCCGGGACGUAACGCCCGGUUUCACGCUAGGGAGUUGCCCGAUUGACCAAGUGGUGUCCUUGGCACUGCUGAGCUUCCCCUUUCCAACCUUGGUUCUCCACUUUCCUUGAGGCAAAAAACUUAGUUCCAGAAUGAGCUGCGGUCGACCUAAUUCGACAUUGCGCUCCACUGCGCCAAGCCAAAAACCCAGCCGGAUAUACUUUACUGAGCCUCUUUUCCCCUUCCACAAGGUCCCCGCCAGCCUGUGGGCGUGCGGCUACAGGUGUUGAGAAAAAGGGCUGGUCCGUCGACGCCAUUUUAAUGUAUAUGCACCCGAAAUACUCAAAGAACAAAAAUAUAGCUCAAAUGUAGAUGUCUUCAGUUGCGGAAUUGUAUAUUAUACUUUGAUUGCUGGGCAUACCCCGUUUAAAGGAAAAAAUCAUAAAGAAAUCUACUUUAAUAAUGCGAAGUGCAAUAUAAAUUUUAAAGAAAAAUGCUGAGCAAAAAUUUCUAUUGCAGUUAUAGAUACAAUUCAAGUGAUGACAAAAGCAGACCCUCAUUUAAGGCCUUCUGCAAAGAAGGUCUUGAGAAAUAAUUUAUUCAAAACUGUUACGAAUUCCCAAGAAAGCAUUGAUGAUUCAUUAAAUAAUGAACGGGCUCAAGAAAAUUUAGGCGAGAACAAAUGAAUUUUAGAGAAGAUGGCAGAGAGAAAUUACCAAUAUAUGUACAAUCAAGAUCAAAUUUACUUGAUGCACUAUUUGUCUGUCAUGUUUAUAUGAAAUACAUAUUGACUAUAUCGCAAUCAAUAUUUAAAUAAUUUUUAUCCGAUUUAA